UAUACUUUGAUUUCUAAAAUUUUAAAUUAAAGCUAAACAUAAACAAUCAAUAAAAUGAACAUUUUAAUUAUUAUUUUCGAAAAAUUAAAGUAAAAUUAAAUCCCAAAUUAAAAAACACUCAUCUAAAAGCUAAAAUUCUCUACAAAAAAUACACUUAAUCCAUCUAAUAAUACAAACAUUAACAUCAAAAUUAAGCAAUUUUAAAUGUUUAAAAAUCUCCGUAUCAAUAAUUUUCAAGUACUUAUCUUCAAUGGUUUUUAUUUUUUACAUUAAAGGGUAUUAUUUAUCGCUAUUAUUUCCUUUAAAAAACUCCACAAAUGUAGCUUUUUCCAUUAAAAAUUCAAAAAUAAAAUAAAUAUCAGCCUCAGAAUAUUCUUCACAAAUAAAAAUUUAAGCCAUUUAUUUGGAUCUUUAAGAAUAUGUUUAAUUAUUUAAAUUUUAUUAAAUAUAAUUUAGUUCAGAAAAAUAAAUUUAAAUUAAAUUUGCAACAAGUUCAUUCAUACCCUAUUUAUAUGAGACAUUUGGAUAUUUUCUAGCAUAAAUAAAUAAUACAUUAUUCAUAAUAUUUUUUAUUUUUUAUUCCUAAAAAAGUUAAUUAUUUUAAUAAGUCCUAUCAACAUCUUUUUUUAUUUCGUUUUUCAAAUUAAUUUCAUUCUAACUUAAUUCCAUUUUAAUCUCUUUUAAUAAAGGAUUUUAUUAAAAGCAACUAUUUGUAUUAUUUUUUGUUUCAAAUUAUUUUUUAUAGCAUUAUCUAUUUUUAUUUAAAAUCUCUUUUUUUUCACUAUCUGUAGUAUUUGGUUUGAAUAUUCCUAAAAGUAAUCGAUAAGUAUUAAAACGUAUUUUCAAAUUGUAAAUAUUU